ACUCAGCUGUCUGGGUGUGUCUCUGGAAUUUCGGCUCUGCGGAACGAACCAGAGAUGGAGAUCGUGGACCAUGAAAGCUGUUAAAUAUGAAUGGUUUUAUAAUAGUUCAACAAAGGAUUGUUUGCGCUGCACCACGUGCCUCUAGUGGCAGUAGUUGACACAAAAAUUCUCCAAAACAGUGUUCAACAACAAAAGUAUUGAAUGACAAUUUGAUAAAAAUAGCAAAAAUAAAAUAAAUAAAUGUACCACACACAGAUUUAUAAUAAACACCCACAGACUAAAUCACCUCUAGUGUUUCUUGUUGGCUCAAUUCUUUCUUUUUUUAUUUAACGUCCUUUCUACACAUUCAAUGAAACUAAUUAACGCUCUCGAGACGACGUCAUCAGAGCAUGACAUGUUCUGACGUCAUCUUUGUGAGACAUCUUGUUUACAUAAUGGCGGCUGUGGAUUUCAGAGACAAUCUUCUUGGCAUUUCCUGGGUGGACAGUGGCUGGGUGCCGAUUCUUAAUCCUGGAAAUGUGCUGGACUAUUUCUCUGAGAGAAGUAACCCCUUCUAUGACCGAACUUGUAAUAAUGAGGUAGUGAAGAUGCAGCGGCUCACUCUGGAGCAUCUAAAUCAGAUGGUGGGAAUGGAAUACAUUCUUCUUCAUGCUCAGGAGCCAAUUCUGUACAUAAUUCGUAAACAACAUAGACAGUCACCAACACAAGUGGCUCCGAUUGCUGAUUACUACAUCAUAGCAGGAGUGGUGUAUCAGGCCCCAGACCUAGGAACAGUGAUUAGUUCCAGAGCGCUUUCUGCUGUUCAUGGAAUUCAGUCCGCCUUUGAUGAAGCCAUGUCGUAUUGCCGCUAUCACCCCUCCAAAGGAUACUGGUGGCACUUUAAGGACCAGGAGGAAAGAGAAAAGGCCAAGCCUAAGUCUAAGAAGAAAGAGGAACCAAGUUCGUUGUUUCAAAGGCAUCGUGUGGACACACUCUUGUUGGACCUCAGGUCAAAAUUUCCACCAACAUUCUACCAGCCUAAGCCUGGUGAGAAGCCUAUUCCAGUUGAGGUGAGGAAGGAGCCUGAACCUCCCACAGAAGCUGUGAAACAAGAGGAGAGGGAACCAGCCACAAAGUCGUCUGCUCCAGCUCCACCAAGCAAGCCUCCUCCUGAGAAGAGAGCAAGGCUACAGUGACUGUGACCUGUUACACUCCAUAAUCCUCCAGCACUAUGUGAAGAGCUGCGAGAAAUCUGCAACGUUGUCUGGCAAAGUGCUGAAUCAGAUGGGUUUACAAGACACUAAGACUGCACAGUUAUAAGAGUGUCAGUUACUUGUGUUGGUGCCAGGCCUAGUUUUACACUGUAUCCUACGUGAUAUAUGCUUCAUAGGUUUCUCUCCACAGAUGUUUCAGGCAGCUGUUCUAUGAACAGGCAUAACAGCUUGAUGUCAGCAGGGAUUUUGCAGCACUCACAGCACAUGAGGUUUUUCUGCUCCCACCUAACACCAAGGCCAAUUUCGGCUUACUGUUGAUAUCAGCACAAUGUCUGUUUGUCUGAGACUCUGUAGGACAGUUUAAUUCUUAGAAAAACAUUCUAGUCUUUUCUGAAAAAUAACACACAGCUUCUUGGCUUAGUCAGCUUUCUUUUAUUACACAUAUUUUGUCUAUUCUGACCACACCAACACUUUGCUUUCUUGAAACUUUUGUAUUAAAACACAAUGAGUA